CGAAAUGCAAGAAAUUUUGUAAAUUGUAUUUGAUUUGGGCGAAAAGAAACAAGUAAAUCUAAGAUUCAUAUCAAGGAAACACUCAAAGUUUACAGGGAUUCUGACCCUGCCCAAUUGGCAUACGAUUUUGUCCAUUUACAUAAUUUAAAAAAUGAGGCUAUUCCGAUGAUCGAGGAAACCAUUUGGCAUCACCUAAAAUAAAUGACGAUUAAUAAACCUCAAUCGCAAGACAACAUCUUUGAUAGAUUGCACAAAGAAGCACAAAUCAAACAACAAAGGAAACAAAUCUAAUUUGCUAAUCAAUAACUCAGCCAAAGGGGCAACAUCCCAUCUCCAGUUCUUAAUUACAACCCGGGAGACGUGCUGUAUCAGAAGGGAAUCCAACACAAAGAAUAAAUGGAGUAUCCCCUCCCUUUUAUUAAUAUCAUUAGACGUUUGUAAGAGCAGAAAAAGUUGGAGCAAUCGUAAGUCGAGUAUCCAUUUAAGCCUUUUAUCAGUGAGAGGAGCCAAUUGAUUGCGAAACGACCGCAUAAACAAUCAAUGCCUGACUACUUAAUGCAGAUGGGCAAGGAUAUGAGCAAACACAAAGAUCAAAUGAGGACGAGUAGAUAUCAAAUAGAAACACAGGAGUGCUCGUUUCGCCCAAACAUCAACCAAAUGUACAUUUAAUCACUAUCAACGAAUGUAGAAGCUAAAAAAUACUCAUGGAGAAAUCAAGAAAUUCGCAAUCCAACAUUUAUGAUAGAUUGUAUAAUGAGGGAAUGCAAUCCAAAGUGAAGCGUUUGAGCAACAUGGAGAAUACGGAAAGCCAAUCUCAGAGUUAGUUAUUCAAUCAAUAGAGCUCAAGAAAACAUAGCAAAACUGAAAUUCCAUUCCUAGAAAGGAUGCAAAUAUCUGUCUUUGAAUAGAGGAAGAAAAAGGAAGCCCUUCAACCCCAACAAGAGUUUGAUCAAAGCACUGGACAAAAAUUGUAUCAUCCUCAAAUAUGUCGACCUCCCCUCUCUGUAAUCACUUAGUGUUUAUUUAAAUCUAGCGUAAUGCUGACCAUUUACCAAUUGGGGAAUAUCUAUAUUAGAUGCGAACAGUGAAGGAAGACAAAUUUCACUUCCUGGUUGAGCAAGAUCGAUAAGAGCAAUAAAACCAAAGAGCAAGAUCUUUGGACAAGUCUAAUCAAAUUUAUGAAAUGAAAAAGAAGAAAUUCCUCUAUGAGAUUUUCAAUUUACUAGAUUCAGAUGGUGAUGGAGUGAUCUCAGCAUAAAGAAUUGAAAUCUCAGCUAUAAAUGCUGAAAUCUUGUAGAUAAUAACGCCCUUAUUAUGCGAGAUGGAACAAAUUAAUGCUUAAUUGAAUCAACAACAAUUCUAUGAGGCAGCCUCCAGAUUGAUCUAAACUCUCCCCAUAGUUGACAGAGAUAAGUUGUUGAAAGGGUUGUCAAACAAAAAGAAGACCAAUCAAGAAGAGUAUUCAUUUUAGGUAUUAUUGGGUGUUUAAUAUUAGCCUUAAUUGAAUUAAAAUUCGAUGAGGAUAGUCAGCACUAGAUAAAAUCAUUCUGCUAGCAAUCACAAGCAUCAAGUGCAACAGAAGGAUGAGAUGGCAGAAUGUACAUUCAAACCUAAAUUAUAUACUCCACUUAAAAUAUAUGAAUUUAUGCUUAAUUAAUGA